UAGCUGCUAUGCUAACUAGCUACAACAUUGUUCCAAGCAACCUUUCCAGCGUGGCACCUCAUGCCAUUUCGAAGGAAUUAAAACACAUUAUUCUGCACUCAUGUUUUGACUUUCCGCGAUGGAGGCUUGACCUCUCCGAAUUCCAUUGAUCAACAACACUUAUGAAAACAUAAUUUACGGAUUAAAUUAUUUUUAAUAGCUACGUGUAUUUUAAUUUUUUAGCUCAUUUCCGUACGGGCCCGACAAACACAGUUUGAUAGCUAACGUCACAGUAGGUACUGAUUGUUCGAGUCUUGGCUCAGAAGUUAGUCGUCCUCGUCCUGAAAUGGACACAGGAGUUGUCCCAGAAAAGAAAAGGUACGUUAACCUCUAGUUAAAUAGCUAGCCAAUGUUUUGUUUAUUUUUUCACCAAAAUAAAUAGAUGGCUAGAUAGCUUCUGUUUGGUUUGUUAACGUUCGAUUUUGAGGCGUUUGCGUAGCUACUACUGUAACUAACUAUAUAGAUAAUAAACUAAAGCUAGCCUAGCCAGCUAGAUAGAGACAACUGGAGUUUUUGUUAAACAUUUCAUUUAACGGUAGUUAGCUAGCUAGUAACUAACCAAUUUAGCUAGCUAAGCUACAUUAUGUUUUAAUAAGCUAAUGUUAACUAACUAGGUUCUUGGCUCCGUAAGUUAGUCAGUACAGUCAAGAGGUCGCAAGAUGGAUACACUAUCACUUAACUAAGGGCUGAUUCAAUCUGUAUCGCUGAAGUUCAGCGCUAUGGUGAGAUUGAAAUGUCAAGGUAAUUUCUAUACACUACAUGGACAGAAGUAUGUGGACACUCCAUCAAAUUAAUGGAUUCGGCUAUUUCAGACACCCGUUGCUGAAAGGUGUAUAAAAUGGAGCAGACAGCCAUGCAAUCUCCAUAGAUAAACAUUGGCAGUAGACUGGCCCGUACGGAAGUCUUUCAAAGUGGCACCAUCAUAGUAUGCCUAUUUUCCAACAAGUCAGUUCGUCAAAUUUCUGCCCUGCUAGAGCUGCCCCGGUAUACUGUAAAUGCUGUUAUUGUGAAAUGGAAAUGUCUAGGAGUAACAACGGCUCAGCCGGGAAGUCGUAGGCCACACAAGCUCACAGAACGGGACCGCAUAGCAUGUAAAAAUAAUCUGUCCUCAGUUGCAACACUCACUACCGACGUCCAAACUGCCUCUGGAAGCAACGUCAGCACAAGAUCUGUUCGUCGGGAGCUUCAUGAAAUGGGUUUCCAUGGCCGAGCAGCCGCACACAAGCCUAAGAUCACUAUGCGCAAUGCCAAGCGUCUGCUGGAGUGGUGUAAAGAUUGCCGCCAUUGGACUCUGGAGCAGUGGAAACACCUUCUAUGGAGUGAUGAAUCACGCUUCAUUAUCUGGCAGUCCGAUGGACUAAUCUGGGUUUGGCGGAUGCCAGGAGAACGCUACCUGCCCCAAAUGCUUAGUGCCAACUGUAAAGUUUGGUGGAGGAGGAAUAAUGGUCUGGGGCUGUUUUUCAUGGUUCGGGCUAGGCCCCUUAGUUCCGGUGAAGGGAAAUCUUAACGCUACAGCAUACAAUGACAUUCUAGACGAUUCUGUGCUUCCAACUUUGUGGCAACAGUUUGGGGAAGGCCCUUUCCUGUUUCAGCAUGACAAUGCCCCUGUGCACAAAGUGAGGUCCAUACAGAAAUGGUUUGUCGAUUUCAGUGUGGAAGAACUUGACUGGCCUGCACAGAGCCCUGACCUCAACACCAUCGAACACAUUUGGGAUUAAUUGUAACACAGACUGCGAGCCAGGCCUAAUCGCCCAACAUCAUUACCCGACCUCACUAAUGCUCUUGUGGCUGAAUGGAAGAAAGUCCUUGAAGCAAUGUUCCAACAUCUAGUGGAAAUCCUUCCCAGAAGAGUGAAGGCUGUUAUAGCAGCAAAGGGGGGGGGGGGGGUUAACUCCAUGGUUUUGGAAUGGGAUGUUCGACGAGCACAUGUCCACAUACUUUUGGCCACGUAGUGUAUGCAGCGUUUACAGUGAAUGCGGUCUCCAAACGUGGAAACAUUGCCUUUAAAUUUCCAUUGCACUAUAGCGCUGAACUUCAGUCAUACGGAUUGAAUCAAGCCCUUACCCUGUUGGCCACCUUGACCUUCUUGACCAAGAUGACAAAUGUGACAUGUUCGACCAAGUUAUACACAGGAAUGACAGUGAGAUCUUAUGAGAUGCUGAUCAUGAAUGUUUUGAAGUGUUCAAAUUUGGCUUUGAGUGUCAAGAAUAGGCAAAGCCCAGCUAUGGUAUACUGAACAAAAAUAAAUGCAACAAUUUCAAAGAUUUUACUGAGUUACAGUUCAUAUAAGGAAAUCAGUUAAUUGAAAUAAAUGUAUUAGGUCCUAAUCUAUUGAUUUCACAUGGGUGGGCCUGGGAGGGCAUAGGCCCACCCACUUGGCAGCCAGGCCCUCCCACUGGGGAGCCAGGCCCAGCCAAUCACAAUGAGUUUUUCCCCACAAAAGGGCUUUAUUACAGACAGGAAUACUCCUUUGUGUUUACCAGUCUCCACAGAUUGCUGUGAUCUUAUUUCAGUCUAAUUUCUUAAUCACUGAGAGCCUGACGUCAAUGGGAGUUCCAGGCACAAAGUGUGUGUGGCAAUUCACUGGGUGAAUUUAAUUGGCACUUUCUGUGUACAUUGGCCAAAUGAAGGAAAAAGCCAUUACAUUGAACAAACCGUCUAUUUAAGAUAGUUUUUUUGUGCAAGUAGGCCUAUGGGUCUUUCAUGAUCUAUGGUCUUUAAUAUAUUUUCUAUCAUAGGCAUAGGACUAGCUUACUUCCUGUUCUGUACUAAACCUGUAGCUACAGGAUGGACCUAUUUCAUGAGUGUCAUUUACACAAGAGCAUCAACCCAUAGCCUGGGGCGGUUGUGUCUGAGAUUGAUCAAUUUGGUUUUGUGAGAAAUUUUUCUUGUUAGGCUGCAAUACGAUUGAGAGAUUAGGAAUUUGUCACUGUGCUUAAUUAAAAAUAGGUUAGAAUAGUUUGUAAACAUUUUGGUUUGCACAGUGCUGUAAAGUACACUUUACAGCCUGAAAGAGGUUAUGUAACACAGCAGACGAGACUAUGAUUUCUGUCACACUGGACGCUAGUGACAGAUCACCCCAAACAGUUCCAAGUAAAAGCAGGUCAGUACUUUUUAUUAAUUCAGUCAGGGAUUUGGGUUACAAUAAAAUUGGCAAUGCCUUUGUACAGCACUGAAUGUGAGACCUGUCUUUUGAUCCAUGUCCACCUGUUUGCAUGACUGAGCUUUAUCCUCAAAUGAAUUUCUUAUAGAAUAUAUUAUUAUUAUUAUUAUAAAACAGGGCAAUUAAGUCUAAAUAACAUUAUACAACAAAUGUGUGGUUAGGCCUAUGCUAUAUCUGCAAGCCAAAAUGACAUGUAGGACGCUGGUAGGCAUGCAUGUCCAUGUGCGUAGAGAUGUUAUGAAAUGGUGGCCUCUCUUAGCCUUUGUUUUCAGCCCAUAUUUGUGAUCCAGAGGAAGGAUGAGAAUCAAGGCAGUGCCUACCCUGCUUUUAGAGAAAGGGAAAAAACAACCUCCCAUCUGUAGUGUCUAAGGCACAUCAUCGCAGUGCUAACUGUGCCACUAGAGAUCCUGGUUCGAAUCCAGGCUCUGUCGCAGCCGGCCACGACCGGGAGACUCAUGGGCGGCGCACAAUUGGCCCAGCGUCGUCCAGGGUAGGGGAGGGAAUGGCCGGCAGGGAUGUAGCUCAGUUGAUAGAGCAUGGCGUUUGCAACACCAGGGUUGUGGGUUCGUUUCCCACGGAGGGCCAGUAUAAAAAAAAAAAUAUAUGUAUUCACUAACUGUAAGUCGCUCUGGAUAAGAGCGUCUGCUAAAUGACUAAAAUGUAAAUGUAAAAUGUAGUGUGGAGGGGACGAUGCACCAUUAAAACUGCAGCAGAAGAUUCCUGUAUGCUGGACUAGCCUUUGUUUGUACUGCACAGAGUUCACUUUGUAGAAUUUGAGCUCCAGCCUAAACCAGCACCUUUCAGGUAGUUUUCCAGACAAUUUCUGUCUCUGUGCAUAAGCCAUACUUGUCUGUCAUUUGAAUAGAUUCCAUACCAAUACAAAGCACAGAGAUACUUUUCUAAAUGCUAGGUUAGAUUUUCAUUUACCUUCAUGUGGCAGAUUUCCACAGGUGAAGACCUAGAUACUCAGAUUUUUAUCUGCCUCGCUUAGCAGCAGUGGUUGGUUGGAAGAUAUCGCUCUGGGCUAUGGCCAGUGGCCAGGAGUCUGUAGCAGGGGCCCGGAGGGUGAGAAGUGUGUUGAUGCUAUGCAGAACUGGUUGUAUAACACAGAGGAUCAGCUUUCAAAGAGGCAAACAGUCAGGGCCUGAUGUGGUCUGGGAGAGCUGACGUAGGAUAGUGUAAAUCAGGGUUCCCCAACUGGCGGCCUGCGGGCAGAAUUUGGCCUGUGGGUGGUUUUAUUUGUCCCCCCCAAGCUUUCUCAGCAAAAAAUAAUAAUAAUUCAUAUGUAUUGUUGGACAUGUGAAAACACCAGGAAAUCAGCUCCAAGUGAUUUUAAUUUAAGAAAUCUGUUCCGAAGUAUUCUCACACAUAAUAGAGGGAAACUUGAUUGUAUACAAAUGUAAGCAAGGUUUGAAACGAUUGUUUUAGUCAAACAUUACUGUUUGGGCAUCUUGCGGUCAAUUUGGAGUCUACAGAAUAUUUGUAAUUAUGUUCCGGCCCCCCGACCAUCCGCUGUAGAAAAAAAUCGGCCCGCGGCUGAAUCUAGUUGAUGAUCCCAGGUGUAAAUAUUUGUCCCCCGCUGACUGAGCUCCUGACCUGCACAGUCAGUCUGUCAGCUUGAUAGAGGCACAGACAGACUGAUUGACUUCUACCUACUGCCAGCCUGCCUGUCUGUUAGUUUGACUUCAGGCUGAGGGAAUGCAUGAGUUGGUCUCAUCCAGGGUUUCCGUUAGCCAGUAAUAGCUGUCUUUUGUCAGAUUUUUUAAAUAAAUAAAUAGAAUAUCCUAUGAAUAAAAUUGGUGCCGGCCAAUUAUCCGGGAGAAAGAAAACAUCCCAUUGCGAAAUAAUGCUUUUUAGCAUAUUAAUUGACGGAAAUACCAGUCGAUGGAAAUACAUUUGACUGGUCAUGCUUAUCGGGAAAUAGGUUAAUUUGCGUAAUUUAGUGGAUUUAAAUUGGUGCGUGGGUACAGUAUAUUCGUUAUGUAUCUUAUUUAUUACUUACAGCAUACAGAUACAGAGCCUUGGAGCGUAAAAUCUGUCAGGGAGCGCAAGCUGCUGCCACAGCAUCUCAACAGAAAAUGCAUAGGCAAUGGAAGGCAGGCUUCAUCAGCGCGUCACACCACUUUGCAAUGAGCUAGAGGCAGUAUGCAUUUUGAAAACAUAUACUUAAUUGUUUGGUGCCAGGUUUCCUCCAGACGUGACGAUUGGCAUUCAGGCCAAAGAGUUCAAUCUUGGUUUCAUCAGACCAGAGAAUCUUGUUUCUCAUGGUCUGAGAGUCCUUUAGGUGCCUUUUGGCAAACUCCAAGCGGGCUGUCAUGUGCCUUUUAUUAAGGAGUGGCUUCUGUUUGGCCACUCUACCAUAAAGGCCUGAUUGGUGGAGUGCUGCAGAGAUGGUUGUCUUUCUGGAAGGUUCUCCCAUCUCCACAGAGGAGCUCUGGAGCUCUGUCAGAGUGACAAUCGGGUUCUUGGUCACCUCCCUGACCAAGUCCCUUCUCCCCCGAUUGCUCAGUUUUGGCUGGGUGGACAGCUCUAGGAAGAGUCUUGGUGGUUCCAAACUUCUUCCAUUUAAGAAUGAUGGAGGCCACUGUGUUCUUGGGGACCUUCAAUGCUGCAGACAUGUUUUGGUAUCCUUCCCCAUAUCUGUACCUCAAUACAAUCCUGUCUCUGAGCUCUACGGACAAUUCCUUCGACCUCAUGGCUUGGUUUGAAGCUGACAUGCACUGUCAACUGUGGGACCUUAUCUAGACAGGUGUGUGCCUUUCCAAAUCAUGUCCAAUCAAUUGAAUUUACCACAGGUGGACUCCAAUCAAGUUGUAGAAACAUCUCAAGGAUGAUCAAUGGAAACAGGAUGCACCUGAGCUCAAUUUCGAGUCUCAUAGCAAAGGGUCUGAAUACUUAUGUAAAUUGUGUGUAGAUUGCUGAGGAUUUUUAGUUAUUUAAUCAAGGCUGUAACGUAACAAAAUGUGGGAAAAGUCAAGGGGUCUGGAUACUUUCCGAAGGCAUUUGCUAAAACUUCUAAAUCUGUUUUCACUUUGUCAUUAUUGGGUAUUGUGUGUAGAUUGAGAUAAUUUAAAUAAAUAUAUUUUUUUAGAAUAAGACUGUAACGUAAUAAAAAGGGAAGGGCUCUGAAUGCACUGUAUGUAGUAUUUUUUUAUUUUUUUUAAUGUAUGCACUCACUAACUGUAAGUCGCUCUGGAUAAGAGCGUCUGCUAAAUGACUAAAAUGUAAAAAUGUAGCCUGUCCCCAGGGCACCAAGCAGGCAGAGGGGAGAGAGUACUUGCACAUCACACACAACCUAGCCCCUUCUCCCAGCCAAUCACUCCAUGGGGGAUCACUGUGCUUCCUUUGGUUCGCAUUCAAUAAGAUGGCAGACUGAGCUAGCGUAUGUAAAUGAGCCUGCUAUGGCGAGACAGCUGGACUGAGUGCUUGUUGCAGGCCCUGCAGCCUUCCCCACUGUGUCUGGCCAAUGGCUGAGUGAGCAGUGCACAGAGUAGAGCAGGCAGACACAACAACGAUGCAAGCCCUGGUGGUGUGUGUGUUUGGUCUGGACCCGGACUCUGACUUGCCUCUUGUUGAUUGGCCUGUCUCCCACAGCAGGGUGAGCUCGGACCGGAGGAAGGAGAAGUCCCGGGAUGCGGCGCGAUGCAGGAGGAGUAAGGAGUCGGAGGUGUUUUAUGAGCUGGCCCAGGAGCUGCCCCUGCCCCACAGCGUCACCUCCAACCUGGACAAGGCCUCCAUCAUGAGACUGGCCAUCAGCUACCUGCACAUGAGGAAUCUGCUGAGCACAGGUCAGUACCCCGGGGGAAGGAGGGGGAGGAUAUAUAGGUUUGUAGUGUCCAAAUUGGUCCAAAGUACCAUGGAGGUUAAGGGGUAGGGGUAAGAAGGAGAGAGGUGGUGAAGAGGUGAGCAGCCUUUGUUUGCCAGGGCAGCUCUGGGAGAUCUAUAAACUUGCAGACAGGAGGAUAUAGAUCCCUUUGUGGUCCUGCCCCUGGAUGUCGCAGUGCCCUGCCUCACAAGCAUGUGUGUUGGCUAGUAAUCAUAUAUCCUGCUUUUCUCAUGUCCCGGUCGCCACACCCCCUUCCGCUACCUCCCUCUUACCCCCCCUCUGUAGAUGAUAAGGAGGAGCAGGAGGAGAGUGAGUUGGACUCCCAGCUGAAUGGCUCCUAUCUGAAGGCUCUGGAGGGCUUCCUCGUGGUGCUGUCUGAGGACGGGGACAUGGUCUAUCUCUCUGAGAAUGUCAACAAGUGCUUGGGUCUAGCACAGGUAGGUUUUCUACUCCAUUAGUCAGAAACAACUGACUAAGACUGAUAAAGAAUGCAGAUCUUUUUGGUGUUCUUCCCUUGGCUUGAAUAUGUUGUAUGUUUCUGAACGUCCUUCCUCUCUGUCCAUGUGCAGAUUGACCUGACAGGACUUAGUGUGUUUGAGUACACACACCCCUGUGACCACGAGGAGCUGAGGGAGAUGCUGGUACACAGAACAGGUGAGACGCACCCCUAUGAAAACACACAAACUAAAGGUUUCUACUGAAAAUAGACUCUGCUACACACAGCGCUCUGGAAUAUCAGUGUAACAAGUAGUGUGGGGCUGAAGUUAGCAGCUCGGAGCAAAACAAAGUCAGAACCAGUUAUCAAUUCCCACUCCAUCCCUGAGGUCAGAGUGAUUAGUUGGCUGCAUUCUUCCCAUGGCAUUCACUCUGCUUCACUGGUACACUGCUACAUUCCUUUUUGCACAUCAUACCAACACUAAAUGUAAUUUUCUAUUUCUUAACCUCAGUCUCACCUUCUCUCUUUUCUCCUCUGCCUGUUCAGGGACCUCUAAAAAGUCCAAGGAACCAAACACAGAACGUAGCUUCUUCUUGCGGAUGAAAUGUACCCUCACCAGCAGGGGGCGCACUGUCAAUGUCAAAUCAGCCACCUGGAAGGUUCUUCACUGCUCAGGCCAUGUGCGGCUCCAUGAAGCCCCAGCUGAGCAGAGCCCCGGUGGGCACAAGGAGCCAUCCGUCCCCUACCUGGUGCUGGUCUGUGAGCCCAUCCCCCACCCCUCCAACAUCGAAGCACCGCUGGACACAAAGACCUUCCUCAGCCGCCACACACUGGACAUGAAGUUCACCUUCUGUGACGAGAGGUGUGACUGAGACCUACCACUCCACUGCCUGCAGCACCAGCAUAGAUAAUGUAGUAGAAGUAUACUGAAUCUAGCACAAAUCUUUUCUCCAUAUCAGGGAUAUUGCUAUAAGAAUAUAUGUUGCGUUAUAUUUUUUCCCAGAAAAGUAAAACGACUUGUUAUUGACACAAAAAUAUGUGAUAAAAGAAUAGGUAGCUCCUGAAUGUAGUGCCACAGAGCCACCUGGUGUCCAAUAGGUUGAAUGGCACUCCAGUAAAAAGUAGGAUUAACCUGUCCCAUAUCUGUGUUGUCCAGGAUCACUGAGCUGAUGGGCUAUGAUCCAGAGGACCUGUUAAAUCGCUCUGUGUAUGAGUACUACCAUGCCCUGGACUCAGACCACCUCAUGAAGACCCAUCACAACUGUAAGUAUCCCUACCAAAACAUGACAAUGCAAAGAUAUUCCCCCUUAAAGCAGACACAUAAUCUGGAAAUGUCCAAUGUUGGCAAUAGGCUUUAGUACAUAAUACAAUGUUUAAGUACUAGGUAGCUACUAGCAGUCUCUUUUUUUCUCAUCCUUUUUUCUCACCCUCUUCUUCUUUCUUCGUCUCCAGUGUUUGCGAAGGGCCAGGUGAGCACAGGCCAGUACCGCAUGCUGGCUAAGAGAGGAGGCUUUGUGUGGGUGGAGACUCAGGCCACUGUUAUCUACAACAGCAAGAACUCCCAGCCCCAGUGUGUUGUGUGUGUCAACUAUGUGCUCAGGUAUAGUCAUGGACCACACAGUGUUUUUUUAAAGAGGCUAGUUUGAUCAGGGGGUUUAAACUGUCUGGGGGACUGACUCACUGGGUUUUGACUAAACCAAUCAAUCUGAUUUUCACUUUGUAAGCGGGAGUAAUACAUUAAUAUGUAACUGUUUUUGUCUCCCUCCUGCUACAGUGGCAUUGAGGAGGAGAAGAUGGUGCUGUCUCUGGAGCAGACGGAGGACAUGAGUCCUGUGAAGGAGGAGGAGGAGAGCUCUGAGGCAGAGGUGUCCCCUGUGCUCCUGAUGGAGGAGAAGAGCCCAGAGCUGGAUGUGAUCAAGCUGUUCACCCAGGCGAUGGAGGCCCAGCCCCUGGCCAGUCUGUAUGACAGACUGAAGGAGGAACCAGAGGCCCUCACCCUUCUGGCCCCGGCCGCUGGAGACACCAUCAUCUCCCUGGACUUCAGCUGCCCCGGUCAGUACCCUGCCCUGCCUGAAGCGUUGUGUGAUGGUUACUUUUGAAUGGAAAAUGAACAGGAUAAUUAGUGCUAGAACUCACACUUUACUGGUCCCAACCCAAACUCUUUCUGACCCCCUCUUUCCUGUCCCUGCAGACUCUGACAUCCUGCUGAAGGAGGUGCCUAUCUACAAGGAUGUGAUGCUGCCCUCCACCAGUGACAAGCUGGCCCUGCCUCUCUCUCUGCUGCCCCCCAGUGAUCAGCCCCUGGUCCCCAGCACCUCAGUGGACACCAAGGCUGGUCCAGACUCCUCCAGCACCCCAGGCAGCCACAGCUUCACUGAGGUGAGCAGAGAUAUCACGUCCAGACAGACACCUUUUAAAACUGCCUAUCAGGAAAUCAAUGGAAAGUUUAUGUCAAAAAUACUUCUGUCCUCAAAUACUAGUCUUUAACCAAUGUAAUGUUCUCUGCAGCCUGACAGCCCACUGGACUUUUGUUUCCCAAUGGAGUCUGACAUCAGUGCUGCGUUUAAACUGGACAUGGUGGAAAGACUGUUUGCCAUCGACACAGGGCCCAAGACUCCUUUCACCUCACAGGUACGGUUCCUAUCUAUGGUAAGACAUUCUAAACUCAGGAUUAGGAAGGUGUUCUUAAUGUUUUGUACACUCAGUGUAUGACGUGAAUGUGAGUUUUAAUUAUUUGGUUAAUCUUAUGCAUAUGGUCACUUACGGACCAUAAUGGAUAUGGACCCACCCCCAUCAUCUCAGUACAAUAGUAAACCUGAAUGAAACACGAGAAUCAAACCACUCUCACUUGAGUAUCUUUCCUAGUUAUUUUCAGAUCUAAUUUAGCUAUUUUGUAGCUUUGUCAACUGUGUGUUUUCUAUACCUGUUUGCUCCUCUGCCUGUAGGCUUUACAGACACUCCCCACCCUUUUUCUGCAACCCUUCUAAUUUAGUGUACCAUGCGCGCACAACAUGUGGAAUUCCUGGUCUCUGGCAGCGUUUGGAACUGCUGAUCUGCGGUCAAGAACACAGUUCAUCUCAGCUUAUGCUGCCCUUCGGUCCCUUGACUUUUUAGCCCUGACAGAGACAUGGAUCACCCCAGAGAACACUACUACUCCAGCUGCUCUCUCUUCAUCUGAUUACGUUUUCUCUCCUAGUCCAAGAGCAUCUGGUCGUCGUGGUGGUGGCACAGGGCUACUCAUUUCUCCACUCACCUGUCCAUCUCCUCAUUUGAAAUCCAUGCUGUCACUUGUCCACUCAAGCUUGAUAAACUAAUUUCCUGACGAUGGCUCACCGCUCUUCGUAUUUGCCGACUUCAACCUCCCGACGUCAGCCUUUGAUUAAUUUAUUUCAAACUGUUUCUUUCCCCUCCUUGCCUCCUUGCCUCUUUUGACCUCACCCUUUCCCAGUCCCCUCCCACUCACAAGGCAGGUGACAUCAUCUUUACUAGAGGCUAUUCACCUACUAAUCUCACUGCAACCCCCCUCCAGGUCUCUGAUCACUACUUUGUUUCCUUUUCUGGCUCCCUCUCCUCCAACCCUAGCCAGUCAGCCCCUACCCAGAUGUUCAUGCGCAGUUGCAAUAUUCAGUGUCUUUCCCAUUACUCUCCUCUUCUAUCCUCUCACCCUUCUGCUAAAUCAUUCUCCCUCCUGAUUCUGCCUCUUCGACCCUACUCUUCUCCCUUUCCGCAGCCUAUGACUCGACUCGCACUGUCCCCUUUCCUCCCGGCCGGCUCGGCCCACCCAUCCUGCUCCGUGGCUGAGUGACUCCUUGCGAACUUACAGAACAGGGCUGUGGGCAGUUGAGCGAAAAUGGAGGAAAACUAAACUUCUGGAGGACCUAUCAUCCUUUCACUCCCUCCCCUCUACCUUCUCUUGCUCUGUAUCUGCUGCUAAAGCCACUUUCUAUGACUGUAAAUUUCAAGCUUAUGCCUUUAACCCUAGGAAACUCUUUUCCACCUUCUCCUCCCUCUCUGCAGACGACUUUGUCAACCACUUUGAAAAGAAGGUUGACAACAUCCGCUCUUCAUUCACUCAGCCUAUUGAGUCCCCUGGUCCUACUCACACACAACUACCCUACGCCUUGACCCCUUUCUCCACUCUCUCUCCAGAUGAAAUCCUGCGACUAGUGAGGUCUAGCCGCCCAACCACCUGCCCGCUCAAUCCCAUCCCCUCCUCCCUUCUCCAGACCAUCUCUGGAGACCUCCUAUUCCUCAUUUCCCUAAUCAACUCAUCCCUGACCUUCAAAAUGGCCAGAGUCGCUCCCCUCCUCAAGAAACCAACACUAAAUCCUUCUGACGUCAAAAACUACAGACCUGCAUCCCUUUUUUUAUUUAUUUCCAAAACACUUGAGCGUUCCGGCUCUGACCAACUCUCUCGCUGUCUUUCUCAGAAUGAUCUUCUUGACCCUAACCAGUCAGGCUUGAAGACGGGUCACUCAACCGAGACUGUUCUUCUGUGUCAAGGAGGCUCUCCUCACUGCCAAGCUGACUCUCUCCUCUGUUGUCAUCCUCCUAGAUCUAUCCGCUGCCUUCGACACGUGAACCAUCAGAUCCUCCUCUCCCCCCUCUCAGGGCUGGGCGUCUCAGGCUCUGCACACUCUUGGAUUGCAUCCUACCUGGCAGGCGGCUCCUACCAGGUGACGUGGAGAGGAUCUGUGUCUGCACCACGUACUCUCACUACUGGUGUCCCCCAGGGCUCGGUUCUAGGCCCUCUUCUCUCUAUACACCAAGUCACUUAGCUCUGUCAUAUCCUCACAUAUGGUCUCAUAUCAUUGCUAUUCGGAUGACAUUCAACUAUUUUUCUCCUUCCCACCCCUUCUGACACCCAGGUGUUGACACACAUCUCUGCGUGCCUGGCAGAUAUCUCAGCUUGGAUGUGGGCCCACCACCUCAAGCUCAACCACGACAAGACGGAGCUGCUCUUCCUCCCGGGGAAGGCCAAGACCUCUCCAUCACGUUUGAAAACUCCACAGUGUCCCCCUUCGAGAGUGCAAAGAACGUUGGCGUGACCCUGGACAACACCCUGUCGUUUUCAUCAAACGUCAAAGCAGUGACUCACUCCUGCAGGUUCAUGCUCUACAACAUCCGUGGAGUACGACCCUACCUCACACAGGAAGCGGCGCAGGUCCAAAUCCAGGUACUUGUCAUCUCCAGUGUGGACUCUUACAACUCGCUGUUGGCUGGGCUCCCCGCUUGUAUCAUCAAACCCCUGCAACUUAUCCAGAAUGCUGCAGCCCGCCUGGUGUUCAACCUUCCCAGGUUCUCCCAUGCGCCUCUGCUCCUGCAGUUGAAGCUCACAUCCACUACAAGACCAUGGUACUUGCCUGCGGAGCAGGAAGAGGAACUGCCCCUCCAUACCUUCAGGCUAUGCUGAAACCUUAAACCAGGGUUCCCCAACUGGAGGCCCGUGGGCAGAUGAUCCCCCCCCGGAUAAAAGCUUCUGCUAAAUGACUACAAUGUCAAUGUAAAUCAGCUGGUAUGAGGAAGAGCUAUAACUGAUUCAGGGAAAAGCUUAUCUAAUAUGUGCUUGUUUCCCCCUCUAGGCCAUGGAGGACCUGGACCUGGAGAUGUUGGCUCCAUACAUCCCCAUGGAUGAUGACUUCCAGCUGCGCACCCUGUCCCCAGAGGAGCCCCUGUCUUGUGGCCCAGCCCAACCCCUAGAGAGCUCUUCUCUAUGCUCUUCUGUUCACCUCACCCAGGAGGUCCACAGCUACCCUGGCUCCCCCUUCAUUGCCCCAGGCAGCCGGACAGCUUCCCCAGCCCUGGCAGCCCCGGAGCCAGCAGAUAGCCCUCGCCCUGCUUCCUUACUUACCAAGACGUAAGCCCCCAACACACACAAACAGACACACUCCCUCAAACUGAGCCUCUCCUCAAAACCAAAACACUGUGCUGACAUGGUGUGCGACUGACUUUCUGUGCUUCAGGGUGCCUCAAAUGGACAGGGAAAUCUCCCUUAGGACACUGGCCUCCCAGAAUCCACAGCGCAAGAGGAAGAUGUCUCUGUCUCAGGCUGUCGGAAUAGUAAGUGUAUAGGAUCAAAGUUUUAAACGUUUUUAUAUCAAUUCAUUAUGUGUAAAAUGUUUACAUUUUAGCUGAGAUAUUUUGUGUUCAAAAAACAUUUUGGCUCAUGAGUGCUAAUUUGAAUCUGUGUUUUUCCCAGGGGGGAUUGCUCCAGGACCGUCCUGAGCCAGGUAAAAAGCUCAAGGUGUCUGAGCUGGGCCACGCUGAUGCUGCCUCCAACAGGACUAUACUGCUCCUGCCUACAGGUAGUUUGUCCUGGAACAUAAAACUGCCAAGGCCGGUAUUACGCUUCUGCGUGUUUUACAUGAAACAAUGACACUAAUGACCGGUAUAUUCUCUUGCUUCUCUUAGACCUGGCAAGCCGUCUGCUUGGCAUCUCCUCAGAGGGCAGCGGCUCGCCCUUCACCCUUCCACAGCUGACCAGGUAUGACUGUGAGGUCAACGCCCCCGUGGUGGGUCGCCAGCUCCUGCUGCAGGGCGAGGAGCUGCUGCGUGCCUUGGACCAAGUCAACUGAGUCAACGCUUAGCCUGCCCCCUGCUGGACCAGACCAGACACUACAACCUCCUCACGCUCUCUGUCCCCACUCGCUGCCCCUUUAUUUGUCUCUCUCUGUAUCAGUGAUCUUAUAUCAGUGAUCUUAUAGUUUGGCUGCUGUCUGCAUCCACCAAGUGAUAUCUGCAGCAUUAGAGUUGGUGUAGGGGAUGUUGUAGUGUUUGCAGGUAGAGGCACCUAAUUGUUUCUUUCUCUGGAGUCUCUCAGACAGCACACAUAUGGCGCCUCCAUGGACGGCUCUGUUGUAUCAAGUCUCCAUGGAAACCCGGCGGCGCUACUGCCAGCAGUGUAUUGUAAGCUUCAGUCGCACAAUUUAUAUUUUCUUAAAAAUAAGAGAUUACCAGCAAUAUAUGUUAAGCCUUUUAAAAAGUAGUUUUAAUGGAAUUUCAACCAUUUUUAUUUUUAUUUUCCUAUGCAUUCGUAUGUCGUAUAUAACAAUAGUAUUUGGUCCAGAAGGUAUUUUUGAAUGUUAUAUCCCCAUUACUGGUUACCAGUAUUUUAGGCUAAUGCAUUAAAUAUGUAGUCAUUCAGUACUUGUCACUUUAUUCCUUUACUACUGUAAGUGUAUGUUUGUUACUGUGCAUAGACCAGGGGAACAUUCAGAAAUGGCUUUAAAGCCUUGUCAUGAAUAAUAAAUACAUGUGAGCGGUAUAAUUUGCUCUAAAUCCAAUGUUAGUUUUUAAUCAUGGAGGAUUGGUCCCUCAGUUUGAUCAUGUAAUCAAUUCAUUUUUAGUCGACCAUCUCAAAUGGUUUAUUUAGAUUGAAGUAACAUGUACUUCUUUAGUCUUUAGCACCAUCAUAUGAUCAUAUUUUACCAGUAUAAUUAUCUCAUCAUUAGUAGCAAGUGUUACUCUUUCAUACCUUUUUUGUCUGUUUUAUGGCAUUGGUCCACACUGCAGUUUUGGGUCUCUUUCAUGCUUCCUGUUGCUGUCUAACAUAAAAUUGCUCCCAAAAAAUAAUUGCAUUGGUUGUUUAUUUCUUAAAUAUUUAAACUCUGUAAUGUGAUCAUGGAAUAUUGUGAUAUCAAUUGAAUAACACAAGCAUUGUUUCUUGUAUUUUACAAGCAAUAAUAAAUAAAAUA